CUAAAUCUGCAGGUUAUAUUAUGCUAAGAAAAAGUAUACAGUGUACAAGUAAGUUAGCAACCAUGACUAACAACUGAAACGUCAGCAGUGGGGGAGGAGGAGGAGGAGGAGGGGAGCACGAAGGAAUGAGAAGUCCCAAUAUUUCUAGGUAACAUUUUUAAAGACAAUCCAGGAAACUUUAUACGGGACUCAAGAAAAGGAAGACCCGCAUCCCUUGAAUGACUUUUACAGGCACCAUCAAUACGUCUAAUAGAGACUUCCAAACUCAGACUGUUUCGUGGUGGUGUUCUUUUUUACCUCUUAUUUCUUUUAAAGGAACAAAACCUGGGGCAAGUUGUGCGCUGCGCUUUUUUUCAAAGGCAUAAAUAAUCGUACAGCUUGUCCCAUCCCACACGAUCUGGAAUAUUUUUUUACUGAAAUCUGCCUCUGGAAUAACAACUGCAAACGGGGAGAAGGCGUCUUCAUUUCUAUAUUUCUCAUCGGAAGGCUUUUAUUUUCGAUGUAUUGGCGAACGGAGGAUUUGUACACGCUUUGAAGUAUUUAGGAGGUUACAGACCCGUAGAGCCAGGAAAUGCUCCAGGAAAAAGCCCUGUCUGAGAAUGAGGAAGGGUUUAUAGCCCAAACAGCUGGACAUGUCGAUUCUGCAAAUGGAUCGCCAGUGGUCAGGCUGUCAGGCGGUAGCAGCACCUCACUGGGAAGUCCACAGAACCAAGACACAGAUCAGAGCAUAGAAAACAUCAAAGUAUAUCUCCAUGAAAAGGAACUGUGGAAAAAAUUCAAUGAUGCCAGCACAGAAAUGAUCAUAACGAAGGCAGGCAGGAGAAUGUUCCCUAGUUUUAAGGUUAAGGUAACGGGUAUGAACCCAAAGACCAAAUACAUCCUUCUGAUUGAUAUUGUCCCAGCUGAUGACCAUCGUUACAAAUUCUGUGACAACAAAUGGAUAGUAGCCGGAAAAGCAGAGCCUGCAAUGCCUGGAAGGUUGUAUGUCCACCCUGAUUCGCCUGCAACAGGAGCUCACUGGAUGCGACAGCUGGUUUCAUUUCAGAAGUUAAAGUUAACCAACAACCACCUUGAUCCCUUUGGGCAUAUUAUUCUGAACUCCAUGCAUAAGUAUCAGCCACGGCUCCAUAUUGUGAAAGCAGAUGAAAACAAUGCAUUUGGUUCUAAGAAUACAGCUUUUUGCACUCAUGUUUUUCCAGAAACGGCUUUCAUCUCUGUGACAUCAUAUCAGAAUCAUAAGAUUACACAACUGAAAAUCGAAAACAAUCCAUUUGCCAAAGGAUUCAGAGGGAGCGAUGACAGUGAGCUACGUGUGUCACGUCUACAAAGCAAAGAAUAUCCAGUGAUUUCCAAAAGUAUCAUGAGACAGAGGCUGGUGUCUGCAAGCAGUCAGAUUUCAGCAAAACCAGAUAUUAAUCCACAUCAUAGCAGCAACCAGCCCCUCCAGCAUUUUCAGUAUGAGACCAGCACCCACAUGCAGUUUGCAACACCUGAUACACAGGACUUACCACUCAACUCUUUUGCAACACAACGAGAUUCAGCACUGUUUUACCAUUGCAUCAAGAGAAGAGAGAAUGUUCGACAUCUAGAGCUGCCAUGCAAGCAUUCCUAUCUUGAAGCAUCUCCUUCUGUAGGAAGUGAAGAUCAUUAUUUCUGCUCACCACCUCCCUAUAACCAGCAGAUGUUAAACCCAUCUUACCGGAGUGAAGUUACUACCAGAGAAGCAUGUAUGUAUGCUGGUUCUGGGCCGCAAUUUCCUGGGGGAUCAGCAGUCGAAGAUCAUGCAGCACCUGGUUUGAAUUGCAACAUGUGGACCACUGUUUCACCCUACAACAGCUACAGUGUUCAGACAAUGGAACCUGUGCCCUACCAACCCUUUUCAGCUCAUUUUGCAACCAGCACAAUGAUGUCACGUGUCCCUGCUAUCACUGGUCAGAGCUCACAGCCUGCUGCUGACUCAGACUAUGGUGUGUAUAACCAGCUCUCUCAUCCUUCUCAUCCUCAGAUACAGGAACGGAUUCAACCAUCAGCUGUCUCUAGAGAUCGGGUUCCUCCACCUGCAUGUGAAAGGAAACCACCUUCUCCAGCUUCAAGUGAAAUUUUGUACUCUCAGGGUUUGUCUUUGUCAAGAGAAUCUCUUCUGCAUUACCAUUCUGGUCUAGGAACCAUUGAAAACUGGCCUGAUGGCUGAUGGGGAAGCCUAAGGACAGGAAUCCUUUACAGCUUAAAUUUCAGCAUCAGUACUUACGGGCAGGGACAGCGACUUAACAGUUUUUUUAAAAAAUGAAAUUCCAUUUUCAUGAGAUGAAAUCCAAGAACUAUUCCCACAACUUUUAAGUCUAAUUUCCUGUUAUUACCAUUGCUUCAUUAUAACUUUCCAGUACAUCUAUACUCAUAUAUGCAGAAUUAAAAGAGAAUCUGGGUACUGAAUACUCAAUAAAGCAAGCUGUACUAUAAAUAAUAAACAUGAGAAGUUAUGUAGCCAGUGAUGGAUGAGUGAUGUCACCUAAAAUGCCACAUUCUGUAAAAAGUCUAUGUUUCCAGUACUCAAACCAUCCAAGUUUGGGAUUUACCAGUACUUUACUCAAACAAAGGGGAAAGAUCAGCACCCCUCCUUUUGGGUAUUCUGCAUUUCGAUGUAAAAUAAAUAUACUGAUCCCAAUUAUGACUUUUUGUUUAAAAGUAAUCAGAUCAGAGUCCUCAUGAAGAAUUUUAAAUAUUAUUUAAAUGCUAUAAUUUUAGUGUAUACCUGCUCAAAUAAUAUGUGCUGGCCUACUCCAGCAAAAUGUACAAAGACAGUCAGGUUAUUUAAGGUAGAAGAACUGAUAGAAAGUUGAGACUGCAGGGAUUGCUUGAAGCCUUUGCAUGCAAACUAGUUAACCAGGCUAUACAUGCAGGACAAACAACACAUUUCAGCUUUGCUUUUUUUUCAAUGAAAUAGUUAAUAAAAGAGUUUUAAAUAAUA